UCUGUCUGUCCCAUAGUCGUUAGAUCCUCCGAUGAAUAUUUAAGAUUCGGAUCUGGGGUCCGACGCGCUGAGGAAAUUUUUCCAAGGGCGGGAUUUCGGCUCGAUCAGAAGAGCUGGAUACUGAACGGAGACCUUCCACGCCCCACGUCACCGCACCAGUAUCGCCGUCGAACAGGCAGUGCGGCCGGCGGCGAACAGAUUCCGUGUCGGAGAAGUGUUGCCAUGUUCACAACCCUGCACAAGUUCCCAUUCCCGUCUUGGGUCUCCAAUAACCGCCUUAUCCAGAGGCAUCCGCGCCUGCUCUGCCUCGAGGCUCGCCUCUCUCUUCGCCGCCUCCGUGCCAUCCUCGCCUUCGCCAUCGUCUCCGGUCUCUUCCGCAUCCCCUUCGUCUCCAGCCGCCUCCUCCUCCACGCCUCCUCCUUCGACCUCCACUUCGCCUUCGAAAUCUUCCGGCGAAUGCCAUCUCCCAACCUUUUCUCCUGGAACACCGUCAUCAGAGCUGCUUCCGUCUGCGAGAACCAGCAAACCUCGGUCGCCUUCUCCCUGUAUGCCGAAAUGCUGCUGAGAGGCAAACUUCCGGAUAAGUACACUCUACCCUUCUUGCUCAAGGCCUGCCGCUCCAGGUCUGAUCUGAAUUACGGUAGACUACUCCAUUGCCAUGCUUUGACAUUAGGCCUCAGCGAUGACAUAUACUUGCAGACGGCACUUGUCACAAUGUACUUAUCUUGCGGGCAGUUUGAUCUCGCUCGCUACGUGUUCGACGAUAUCCCUCAAAAGGAUGUUGUUUUGUGGACCGCAGUGAUCUCCGGUUUGGUUGACAACGGCUGCCAUGAGGAGGCUCUGAAGGUAUUCAACCAGAUGAGAAUGUUUGACCAUAAGGUCUGCCCUAAUGAGGUCACCGUAGUUUCCGCCAUGUCUGCAUUUGUCGGCUUAGGAUCUCUGGAACUUGUUAAGAGUCUACAUGCUUAUGCAGAGAAGAUAGGUUUGGAAAUCAAUGUUUUCUUUCAGAAUUCGCUCAUAGCUGGAUAUGCCAAGUGCGGAAGUGUUGCUUGUGCUGUGCAAGUGUUUGAUAGAAUGGGUGUAAAAGAUUUGCAUUCUUGGACGGCCAUGAUAACGGCUUUAGGUUCGCAUGGACUUGGAAGAGAAGCGGUUGAAGUUUAUUCGACGAUGUGUAAAAUGAAUGUGUUGCCGGAUUCCACUACUUUUAUUGCUGUCCUCUCUGCUUGUAGUCACAGUGGUUUGGUGGAUGAAGGGAUCGAUAUUUUUGAAUCUAUGGAGAGGUUUGAUGUUGUUCCGGAGCCUAAGCAUUAUGGUUGUGUGGUGGAUCUUUUGAGUCGAGCAGGACAUUUAGCUCAGGCACUUGAGUUUGUCUCGAGAAUGCCCGUAAGACCUACUUUGGCAAUACUAGGGGCUUUACUGAGUGCAUGCAGAGUUCAGAAUAAUUUAGAGCUAGGUGAACUUGUUGCGAUGAAAAUUAAGGAGCUAUACCAAUAUAAAGGGGGUGCUAAUGUCCUUUUAUCCAACAUAUAUGCAGACCAGCAGCAAUGGCAGGAAGUGGUUUCGACAAGAGAAGUUGCUCGAAAGGAAGCAGAAAAGCCUCCAGCACAAAGUUGGAUUUAAAUUAAUAGAUGCAUAAAGGACACAAAAGCAUUUUGCACAAAGUUGGAAAUAAAAUGGAAUCAUUCUUCAAGUGUUCUUCAUUUAGCAAUGCCUGCAUACAUUUUGUUAUGCCUCUAGAGUGUGAUUGUUGGCGUUAUCUUUUAUCUCACACAAGCAUUUUUUGAAUUUGCCAAUGGAGAGAUACAACAUUGACAGAUUGCAGAAAACAUCUUACAAUUUUUAGAAGUUUUUCUUUGUAAAAGGAUUUUCGUGAUGAUGGAGAUGUAAGAUGCUCUCUUUAGACUGGAUUGAUGAGCUCACUUUGGGUUUUUGACGGGGGAAGAUGGUAACUUUACAAUCUCAGUCACUUUGGUGAGUGUUUCUUUUCGACAUGCUUGUUCGUCGAGUGAUGUUGCACAGUUACCUGCUUGCAUUAGAUGAGUGAUCUUCACUUCCUGGUGCCAUGGCAACCAUGGCACAUCCAUUCAGCUGGACAACAAGCCCGCUACAAAGUUCAUGGACAUUAGCUGGGGCCUUCAGCAAGAAGACAGCAGUGUCAUCACCAGUCAGAUAACUAACAGUAUUUGCUUGAGAGGUUUCCAAGUGAAAGAGAAUUAAGUUUUUUUUAUUGAUAAUUCACGUAUCCAAAUUCUAUAGCUAGAUGGUUUUCCCUUCUGAUUCGCCUAUUAGAUAAUCCUGAGUUUAAUUUAUGCACACUGAGAAGUCGGUCUUCAAAAUAUUCAUUCUAUUUGGGAUUCAAA